AGAGAGAGAGAGAGAAGAGAGAGAGGAGGGAGAGAUAUUACGGUGAACGCUGAGCGCUUGGCAAUGGAGAGAGCAGGCUGUGUGGGGAGAGCGGUCUUUCCGGAGCCCAGAGAACAUGGUGUCGAUAUCGAAAGACACAAGUUUACGCGCCAGUUCCGUUAGUAUUGCUUUGAAACGCACGUAAACGUUAAAGUGGACGCCGCGGCUGAACGUCGGAAACAACGGCGCGCUUCUCUGGACACGAUUAUCAAGUAGGAAAAGAGAGAAUAGGUUCCUCAGUAUGAGUCGAGAUGGAUGGAGGAAGAAAGCAAGUGAAGGUGAUGGUUGGGGAGGAAGGGGGGGCUACAUGGCUGCUAAGGUCUCUAAGCUGGAGAAGCAGUUUCAGAAGGAUGCUCCCAGAGAAAAACAGAAACAGGGAGCAUCAUCCAGCAUCUUCAGUGGAGUGUCUAUCUAUGUGAAUGGAUACACAGACCCCAGUGCAGAUGAAUUACGCAGACUAAUGAUGCUACAUGGUGGACAGUUCCAUGUGUAUUACUCACGUUCCAAAACUACACACAUCAUCGCCACCAACCUGCCCAACUGCAAAAUACAGGAACUAAAAGGGGAGAAAGUAGUAAGACCAGAGUGGAUUACUGACAGCAUCAAGGCAGGACGGCAACUUUCAUACCUGCAAUAUCAGCUUUACGCGAAGCAGAAGGGCUUAAACUUUACCAAUGUGCUUGCCUGGCCAGGCCAGGAAGCAGGUGGGCCUGGUCAUGGCCAACCUGAACCCAAGCUGAACCUUCAUCAACCAAGCAACCUCGAGCCCUUUCACUCUAACCCAACCAUCAUCAUUAAUCAGCCAGCACCCUCCAAACACACUGAUAAAAUGCAUCAUUGUGUGGACAUUAAAUUGAAUGGCUCAUACACAGGUUUCUCGGCACACGAAGCCCCUAGUGUUAAUGGGAUUCAUGAAGGGGGCACUGGUGAUAAUUCCCCUGUCAUUUCCCUAAAAGGAUCAAAGGACUAUCUGCAAACCAAUGGCCAUGCUCAUCUUCUGAAUGGUGCCUUAAAACUGAAAGACUGUGUUCCUUGUUCAAAACGUGCACUUCAAGGAGCAGAGUCAAAGUGUAUCCAGCCUCAACCCCCACAGUCAGAAGCUGAAGAAACUAGGGGACCGAGCUGCCUUUGUUCCGCUGGUCCUACAUCAAAUCCUGUAGCAUCCACAGCCAGCACCUCAUUGGUACUCAGUCCUCAAAGUGUCCAUCAUGAACAAAACUCUGAAUCAUCCAUAUUAUUGGAAACCUCUUCAGCAGCUGUUACAGCUCUUCAGGAAAAUGCAGGAAAUUCAGAGAGGUCUCUCCUCCAAGAUCAAGUUAGCAGAGUCAGACUGAAUGGGAGUCACCAUAUUACUUCUAACUCCUCAUUAAAUGACUCCAACAGCCAGAUGAGCAAGGGCUCAGAAACUGGGAUAAUCUCAGAGUUCUUUUCUCAUUCACGGUUUCAUCAUAUCUCCACAUGGCGAAAUGAGUUCUCUGAGUAUGUUAACACCCUUCAGAGCCGCCGGCGGGCAGCACGGGGCACUGUCCUUUCUGGGAAGGAGAAGCUAAAGAAACUCAAAGCUAAUCACUAUCGAGGUUCCUCAUCUAUGCCUGCUCCUCGAGUACGUCAGUCUUGUAUUCUGCAUGUGGACAUGGACUGCUUUUUUGUGUCGGUGGGGAUCAGACACCGACCUGAACUUAUAGGGAAACCGGUUGCUGUGACGAGUAAUCGUGGCCGUGGGAUUGUUGCUCAGCGGCCUGGUGCUAACCCUCAGCUGGAGAUGCAGUACUUCCAGAAGAAGCGGAACCAGCACAGAGCAGGGAGAACAGCCACUGAUCUUGAGAUGAGUUCUUCUCCAGAGGAUGAGGAGGCCUGCAGUAAUGGAGUGGAGCAGGCCCAGGCUGCUCUCUCCAUGGCAGAGAUCGCUUCCUGCAGCUAUGAGGCCAGGCAGGCUGGUGUGAGGAAUGGCAUGUUUUUUGGUCAGGCUAAACAAUUGUGCCCUGAGCUGCAGUCAGUUCCCUAUGACUUCCAUGCAUACAAAGAGGUGGCACUGGCCAUGUAUGAAACUCUAACCAGCUAUACAUAUAACAUCGAGGCUCUGAGUUGUGAUGAGGCUUUAGUGGAUGCUACGGCCCUCCUCGCAGAGCUGGGGGUAACACCUGAUGAGCUGGCGAGUGCUAUCCGUGCUGAUGUUAGGGAAAAAACAGGCUGUUCUGCCUCCGUUGGAAUGGGCUCCAACAUCCUCUUGGCAAGAAUGGCAACCCGCAAGGCAAAGCCUAAUGGUCAAUAUUUUCUCAGACCAGAGGAAGUGGAUGACUUCAUCAGAGACCAAUCUGUUACUAGUCUUCCAGGUGUGGGACGCUCUAUGAGCGGUAAGCUCGCCUCUCUAGGUGUGAGUACUUGUGGGGACCUACAGCAGGUAUCCAUGAUGCGCCUUCAGAAAGAAUUUGGGCCGCGGACAGGGCAGACACUCUUCCGCUUCUGCAGAGGGCUGGAUGAUAGACCUGUUCGCAGCGAGAAGGAGAGAAAGUCUGUGUCUGCAGAGAUGAACUACAACAUCCGCUUCACACAGGUUGAGGAGGCAGAGACUUUUCUGACUAACCUUUCUAUGGAGGUGCAAAAGAGGCUGCUGGGGUCAGGGCUUAGAGGUCGCCGCAUAACGCUGAAAGUGAUGAUGCGCAAAGCAGGUGCUCCAGUGGAACCUGCCAAAUAUGGGGGACAUGGCAUCUGUGACAACCUAGCCAGAUCUGUGUUGCUGGCUCAGCCCACAGACAGCGGCCAGCUCAUAGCAGCAGAAGUCAUUAAGCUGUUCCAUGCCAUGAAACUGACUGUCACAGACAUGCGAGGGGUGGGAUUGCAGGUGCAUCUGCUGGAAAGCUCACAGUCAGACACUGGCCCAUCUCGUUUUCGCUCUAUCAGGGAUUUGUUCAUGAGUAGACAGCCCACACAAAACCACAGCAAAGAAGAUCGGAGAAGAGAUGACUUUCCUAGCAUGUCUUCCAAACAAGAGAUUUCCUCUCCUUCAGUAUUGCUUGCCACUUUUUCUGAUUCAAUGCCUGGUACAAGUAAAGGGGAGCUCUCCACCCCCAGCCAUUCCCGAUCACACCUCAACCUCAGCAUAGAGGUACCGUCUCCUUCUCAGGUGGACCGCUCUGUUCUGGAGGCUUUACCAGUGGAGCUGAGAGAACAGGUGGAGCUGUCAUGGAGCCACAGAGAGGAGAAACCAAGUACCUCGUCACAUCCAUCCACACCCCACCGAACCCCUUCAUCUGCUCCCUCAGGGCCAGCAGGUACCCUGCUGGUACACCUUCCAGAUCAGCCUGGACAAACUGGCAGCACAGGCAUUGUACUGGAGCUACCUGACUUCUCCCAGGUUGACCCUGAAGUGUUCGCAGCACUCCCCAGGGAAUUACAGGAGGAGCUACGCUCUGCGUACAGAUGCAGGGAAAAUACUCAGGCUCAGAGCAAUACGGAGGAGCAGAAAAACCCCCUGCUUCAGCUGAAGCAGCCUGUGAUGGGCAGGGUGAAGCGGCACUACAAGAGGAGGAAUGCUAGUCCAGUGAAAAAAGGCGCUAGUCCUUUAAAACGACUCCUCCCAGGAAACAGCCCUGCAAAAUCCAGUCCCUCCAAAACCAUCCCACUAUCACUCAAAUGUAAAGAUGCCCCCCCAGGUUUGAAGAUUGAAAAUGGGCCACCCUCUUCCUCUUUGAGCCAUCAAAUGCCAGAAGUGUUGUCCAAAUUCACCCCUCGCUCUGCCCCAGCCCUAGCUGGAGCUUGUGAAUUCAGUGACAUCAGAGCCCUGCUGCGGGAAUGGGUUACCACCAUCUCAGAUCCUAUGGAAGAGGACAUUCUGCAGGUUGUGAAGUAUUGCACAGAGCUAGUCGAGGACAAAGACCUGGAGAAACUCGACCUGGUUAUCAAAUACAUGAAGAGGUUGAUGCAGCAAUCAGUGGAGUCUGUAUGGAGCAUGGCCUUCGAUUUUAUUGUGGACAAUGUGCAAGUGGUGGUGCAACAGACCUAUGGCAGCACCCUGAAAAUCACAUAGAGGAAUUUUGAGAGGUAUAUUAUUACCUCUGUCACUGUGACAUCAGCUCAAUGCUGCCCUCUCAUCAUGAGACAACAGAAAAAAGACUGAAGAUGCUUCAACACUAGCAGUUGCUUCUGUCUGCUGACCUGUUACUGUAGCAUGGUUACAUUGGUUUCUCGGACCAAGCCUUUCUCAAAGGACUCAAGGAAGAUCUGCAACCAUGUGUUUUAUUGUGACAGCAGUUGAUUAAUUUGUAGCAAGACACAAUUGUAUCACAAUUUUAUUAUAGAAGCAGUUUGAGAUUACAACUGGACAAGUUUAUUUGAUCAUUUUGAGCAGCCACAAUCUUAAAUGCUACCAGCAGAAUUUGAAACAGCUCAACAGAAUUUGAAAAGUGUAAAAAUCAUGAUGUCAACGUGCUAGUUCAGAGGGAAUGAAUGCUUUGCUCUAUUGACUAAAGAAAAGGUCUUUAAUACCAGUAUAGUUUGUGCUAUACUGGAUUCCUGUUAUCAUGGCUUCUAAAAUACCUUAUCCAAGGUAAUCAAUGUUGAGAUCUGGGGAAAAUGGGAACCUCCUUUUAACACUCAUUGUUCUUUUUGUUUUUAGAUGUUUUCUUUGACCUUUUUCCUCUCUCCACUUACCUGAUCUAAGAGUGCCAUUUUUACCCCAGGAAUAUAUGGCAAACAUGGUAGCAAAGUAAGGAGUGAUCUGGAAUUUGUCAUCUAUAGAUGAGCGCUGAAGCUUGGCAGUAAACCUGAAAUCCUAGCAUUUUUGUAACUCUCAAGUGCCAGAUUUUGUAAGUAUAGCAUGUAGAUAACUGUUGUUAAUGUCUAUGUAGGUGGCAACGUUUCUAAAGAUUUUUUAUGUGUGCAAAAUGUUUACAUGGUUUUUUUGUGUUGUCUUCUCUUCUGGGUGUGUGCGGAUGAGGAGAGAGUGUGAGAGAUGAAGAAUAAUAUAAUUGUAAUUAAACAGUAGCCAAAGUCCUCUGCUAUUUGAAGACCACCUUAUCAUGUGUCUAUACAAGUAAACCAUGUUUAUUGACCAACUUGGAAUUAUGAAUGCCUGGAUUUGUCACCAGUCUCCAGAUCAGUUCAUAAUUAAAGCAGAUUUGGUUGUACGUGUUCACAUGAACGUACGGUCACUAAACUAUCCUGAUAUGAUGGAUUUUAUUAAGCUGCUCAUGAAAGAGCUCAUAGAUUGAUUUAUUCUGCCAUGACCGUACACUAGGGAAGGCCUGGACAUAUAUUUGGUCAGCAACAUCCGUCUCAAAUUACUGACCUGUGCCUGAAGACCUGAAGCUGUGACACCAUUUGUAUGUUUUCUAAACUUGCUAAUAAACUGCUCUUGUUCAAAAUUUG